CUGACACUGUGGAAUCUGAACAUACACAUUACGACCUUUCGACAACUCCGACUGCAUCGUCAUGGACCCUAGUAUGGCAGGGCCCCAAGUGGCCCAGCCUCCAGUACCUGGUGCCCCUGCACCUGGUGAUACUAGCUCGACAGCUGGUAAAGCAUCCCCGUUAUUCCCUCCCGCUGUUCAGCACAAUGUUAGAGUCUUGUCUUCUUUAUCCACACUCUCUGCCUGUUUUUCUGGCCUAGUCGCUGGCGUUCUCGGCCUUCAAAACUACACUGGUUUCCUCCUCUACCUUCUCACAGCGGUCUCUUCAGCACUAGUCUUUGGCAUCAUCAAUUGUCACGGUAACAUGGGCAAAUACGUGGCUGGGUCUCACGUCCCGUUGGUCGGCUCAGAUCGUAUAGGUGUCCGCAAAUGGAGAGGAUGGGUAGGAUUGAUGGGAUUGGGCCAGGAAAACUUCCUCGGCUUCCUCUUGUUCUGGAUUGGUGGCUAUGCUCUGAUACAUGUGUAUGAUUAAUUGAAAGAGAGACGCAAUGCACAGAUUACAGAC